CCAGUUUGUUCGUCCAGUUUUCGCACGGGCGUGUGCGCUGUUUGUGCCGCCGACGUCCGAGUGUUUUGGCGCGGUCCAGUUCCACGUCGCAGUCCUGGUUCGUCUUCCCAGUGCAGCCAGUGGCAGGUUCGCACGUGCAUUGUGUGCUCCUAUUGCCGUCUCCUCUCUCGUAUGCUCCAGUAAGUGUCGAGUCAACCCACAGGAUAAAGAAGUAGAAAGGAAGGUAAUAGUUGGCGUGCAUUGAAGACGAGGAGCAGGAGGAAGAGAGGUCAAAAGGUCAAGAGGAGCAGAGAGAAGACCAUUGUUGUGUGACUAGAGGUAAGCUAUCACAGGAAGAGGGAUCGGCACUGAAGAAUGUCUGCGCCUUAUGACAGAGUAAAUAUGAGCAAACUGAAACUGAAAGGAGGUGAGGAUGUAGGGGAUGGUAAGCAGUUGAAGAAGAAGAAGAAGAGAAAGAAGAAGGGAGAAGGUGCAAGCAAAGCAGAAGAGGGAGGAGAAGUGGAGGGAGGAAAUGGUGGGGUUCAACUGGAAGAGGAUGCACCUUACGACAUCGGCACAGGCCAUGCACCAGAUGGCAAGAAGAGUAAAAAGUACGAGGAGCUGUUCCCAGCGGAAGCCGCCAGAUUCAAGUACCAGCUGCCAGAGGGGUCUCGGGAGGCGGCGCUAGAUGAAAGAGUCAAAAAGAAGGCGGACAGAUAUUGCAAGUGAAGUUGGCCCUGCCUACAUCACACACACACACACACACAC